AAACCCAACCCAAGAGGAAGAACACAGGAAGCAAACGUCCAUCGGGCAUGGCGAUCCACCACCACAGCCAUGGGUGCCCGCUUGUCCGCCAUGAGCACGGCGACUUCACCUGCGACGGCUGCGGCCGCGGUGGAAGGGGUGCCCGCUACCGCUGCCACGGCUGCAAUUUCGACCUGCAUCUCUCCUGUGCCACGUACAACUUCCCCUGCCAUGGUCACCCGCUCAAGUAUCAGCCGCGCUGUCCUUCAGGUGUCCAGAUCAUCUGCGAUGCUUGUAACACAAACGUGUGCGGUGCACACUAUGGUUGCGCUGGCUGCGACUUCCAAGUCCACCCCGCCUGCGUCCAGCGUCGGACGACCAUAGUCCCGCCACAGCCAACAACGAAUUGCACGCCGCGGCCCUGUGGGUAUUGCACCGUCUACUGUGUCUAUUGCGUCCGGUGCAACCCGGGCCGCAGGUGUGGCUGAUCGAUUUCAAAAAUAGUUCCACCUUCCGCAUAUCGAAUAAUAGUUUCCCCUUCUGCAUUACUUCUUCGAUUUGGUAAGCUGCAGUGUCUGUAUUUUUUAAAAUAUGAUUGUUUCCCUCAUCUAUAUUUUACUAUGUGAUUUCUUUCACUGCAUAAGGUCCGUAAUUGUAUUGAAAU